AUGGGUUCCUCGCACAACAAUUGGCCAUUCAUUAUAAACUUAGGCAACAGUAUUAUAGGAGUAGCAUUGCUGGCAAUGCCCUACUGUUUUCAGAAAUGUGGCAUAAUACUUUCCAUAGUGGUUUUGGUUUUGUGUACUUGGCUCACUCUGAUAUCAUGUACACUUUUAAUGAAGGCCGGUAUCACCUGCCGGCGGAGGUCUUAUGAAUUCUUAGCAUACUAUACUCAUGGUGCUCCUGGAAAGUUUAUCUCAGAAAUUGGAAUGAUUGGCUUCCAGUUGGGCACUCUCAUUGCUCAGAUUGUUGUUAUUGGAGACUUGGGUCCAUCCAUUGUGACAAAGUUUGUUGGAAUAGAGAACAGCUCAGGGCUGCGCAUGUUCCUGAUCAUUCUGCUGUGCAUGAGUGUAGGGUUGCCCAUGGCCCUCAUCAGAGAUAUCCGGUCUGUUAGCAGAGUCAGUGCUGUGUGUGUUGCCUUUUAUUCCACCUUUGUUGUAUAUGUUUUUUGUUUAGCAGUGCCAAAUUUGUGGCAGGCUGACUGGUAUGAGAAAGUAUACUUCUGGAGGCCAGAAGGUUUUUUCCAGUGCCUACCUAUUUUGUCCUUCUCUUUUGGGUGCCAAACGCAGUUGUUUCUUCUUUAUGAUGCUCUGCCAGAACCUUCUUUAAAAGCCAUGUCAAAGGUUGUGAACAGUGCUGUUAACUUGUGUGCUGUAGCAUAUUUGAUGGUUGGAUUUUGUGGCUACAUUGCUUUCUAUACACACGACAUCCCUGGAGAUGUUAUAGGCGUAUUCCCCAACACAUUUUUCACCGAUCUGAUGAAAAUCUGCUUCGUUUUAUCAAUUGUCAUCACAUUCCCUGUUAUGGUUUUCCCGUGCCGAGCAAGCAUAUACACGCUUCUGUUUGCUAAGAAAUCCAAAGCCAGAGAUGAUAUGAUGGACCUGGACACUCACAUGCCAGCUAGGGCGUUGAGAAUCAUCACCACUACUCUGGUCGUAGGAUCCAUGAUUAUUGCUAUUCUGAUUCCAAAUGUUGAAUUCAUUCUAGGAAUGAAUGGUGCCAUCAUGGGAACUCUUAUCUGCUACAUUUUCCCAGCACUUUUCUUCUUGAAAGUAAUGGGAAAUAAGCCAGAAGGAAAGAAUUUGGCACAGAUGGUUCUGGUCCUUGGCAUCACAAUAUUACUGGUGAGCACAUAUUCAACACUGAGGUCACAGGAACAAGUUAACACUCAUAUUAGUGAGCAGGCUGAAGCAGUACUGAAACCAGUAGAUUCCAGCAUAUUGGGGCCUAAGAAUCUGGAUAUAGACAAGAUCAAGUUACCAGGUCGCAAUCCUGGUGAUUCUCAAGUAGUGGGUGAUGUCAGGAAAGAGCCGCCUAACCCUCACCCACCAGACAACAUUGCUAAACCCAUUGUUGAAGGAAAUAACAGUGUUAAAGAGAUUGCAGCUGGUAAUGGUGACAAAAUGCCUGAAGUUAACAAAGAAAAUGAAAAAUUGGCAGAGGCCAACAAGGCAAAGGAGUUAGAAUUACAAGAAAAGGAGAAGAAACAAGGGGAACUAUUGGCUGUGUUAGAGAAACAGCGGCAGGAGCAGCAGAUACUCAUAGAGGAACAGAGGCAGCUCCUGAAGGAGUUUAAAGAUCAUCAUGACAAGGACAUGAAG